CCUAAACACAAACACAAACUCAAAACCAAAGCCAUGCAGCUACUGGCAUCUUCUUCUUCUUCUUCUUCCAUAAAUCUUCCAUGGACCCCAAACUCACUCCAAGUCUCCGCCGUGGCCACCCCACCUCCGCCGCGGAAGCUCCAUCGAACCCACUCGAUGCCACCAGAGGAAGAAGAGGUGUUCAAGUCGCUAGAGGGCUGGGCCACCAAAUCCAUUCUCCCGCUACUAAAGCCGGUGGAAAAGUCCUGGCAGCCUCAGGAUUUCCUACCGGACCCGACAAAGCCCGAUGAUGAAUUCUUGGAUCAGGUCCGUGCAUUACGUGAUCGGACGGCUGAGCUUCCAGAUGAGUAUUUUGUUAUGUUGGUUGGGGAUAUGAUCACGGAGGAAGGUUUGCCUAUGUACCAGACCAUAAUGAACUCCCUUGACGCUACCAGAGACAAGACUGGAGUUUGCUCCAGCCCCUGGGCUCAAUGGACCCGUGCCUGGACCGCCGAAGAGAAUCGCCACGGGGAUCUGCUUCGAACUUAUCUGUACUUGUCCGGUAAGGUCGACAUGGUCAUGGUUGAAAAGACCAUCCAAUACCUCAUUGGAGCUGGCAUGAACGUGGGAAUGGAGAACAAUCCGUACGUGGGAUUUGUGUACACAUCAUUCCAAGAGCGUGCGACGUUUGUGUCCCACGGCAACAUAGCUCGCAUGGCGAAAGAGGGUGGGGAUCCAGUGUUGGCACGCAUAUGUGGGACUAUUGCAGCCGAUGAGAAGCGUCAUGAAAAUGCCUAUAUGAAGAUAGUGGAGAAGUUACUAGAAGUGGACCCCAACGAGGCCAUGCUCGGAAUUGCAAAUAUGAUUAGGAAGAAGAUCACAAUGCCGGGACACCUUAUGUAUGAUGGCCGUGAUCCCAAGCUAUUCGAGCAUUUCACAAUCCUGGCUCAGAAGCUUGGUGUCUAUACAACUAAUGACUAUGCCAAUAUAUUGGAGUACUUGAUUGGGCGGUAGAAGUUGGAAAAGAUGGAGGGAUUGACUGCUGAGGCUCAGCGUGCUCAACAGUUUGUCUGUGGCUUGGUGCCAAAGAUUAGGAGUCUACAAGAGCGGGCUAAUGAGCGAGCCUCCAAGGUAGAGCCACUUAGUGUCGAAUUUAGCUGGAUAUUUAACAAGGAGAUUGUUUUGUGAGACACAAAAUUUAUUUGGGGUUUACAUGUUAAUUUUUAAGUCAAAAUUUGUGUGUUUGAUUCUAAAUAUAUGUAUCUUUAUUUAUGCUCUACUUGAGAUGUGUCUUUGGUUUUUGUGCUUCUAGGGUAUUUUAAGAGAAAAAUAAUUAAUGGGACAUAUGAAUGAUAUAU